AUGUCGGACAUGUCGCAAGAAGAUGCGGCCAUCAAAAUGCUUUCAACACCAUCCCCUACCGCGUCGAACUCGGCUGGCAGCAGCUCGGCUUCUCGCAGACCUCCUCGCAAGAGCACAUUGACUCAACAACAAAAGAAUCAAAAGAGACAACGGGCUACUCAAGAUCAAUUGAUUACUUUGGAGGUGGAAUUCAACAAGAACCCAACACCUACAGCCACCGUUCGAGAGAGAAUUGCGGAUGACAUUAACAUGACUGAACGUUCCGUUCAAAUUUGGUUUCAAAACAGACGUGCAAAGAUUAAGCUCAUGGCGAAAAAGAGUAUCGAGACUGGAGAGAGUUGCGAAAUUCCAGAAGCUAUGCGCCAAUACCUCGCGAUUCAAGAAAUGGAAUCGGGAAAAUCAUUAGGCGGUAACUUCCUAGGUCGAGGUGGACUUAUGCCUUAUGGUAGUAGUAAUAUGCUUAUGGGUGGAGAUCACGGUCCUCAAGGAAAAGUUGUCAUUCAUCACCUUUCCUGUCGAUCGCUCAGCAUUGGAUCAUGGAGACGCAUUGGUCAAAAUGCUAUGGAUUUGAUCAUCUUCUACUCCCCGGAGAAAUCUACCAUGACAUACUACAUUAACAAUGACCAAGCCGGCUACAAGAUUGAGUACUCAUUCUCAUCGAUCAAGAAUAUCUACCUGGAAAAUGGAGAUAACGAGUCGCGGCCUGGUGGACUAGUCGUUGAGCUCAUUCGUGCGCCAAACUUCUUCAUGGACUCAUCAGGAUCUGGCGGAUUUUACCAAUGUGGUGAUUUCACCGAGGAUCAACAGGCGUCUCAAGUUAUGGUUCAUCAUCUAGGUGGCCAUCCUAAGGUUCUCAGUGGCCAAUUAGCCAAGCUCGUCUCCCUGGAGUCUUUCAUCUCACGCGAUAGCCCAUUCACACAUCAACAGCCAUUGUCUGUAUCGGCACCUGUAUCCCCAAUUGGUCACCGCCCAGCAUCUCAGCCAAACUUCAAUGCGCAAGCCCACGUCGGUAUGUUCCAAGAAACUCAAUGGGGAAUUGGUGUUCAUCCAAGUGCGCGUGGACCUGGUCACAGAAGACAGAGAAGUCGUUCCGUCCCAAUGGCUGUCGACUUCUCCAUGUUCAAUAACCCAAUGCCAUCAUUCCUCAUUCAGCACCCCGGUGAACCUCACCACCAACAGCAUCAUCCAAAUCCCAACAUUUUUGCACCUAUUCCUCAACAACCAAACAACCUUGGACCUCUAGGCCCUAAUCUACGAAUUGAUACCUCGUCAGGCUAUGGAAUGGAUUUCAGACAGUACCCCAUGUCUGCAGCUACGACUACUUCCCCAUCCGAUUAUGCCAGCCCUGGUUUCUAUCCUCAUACAAACGAUAAUGGACCUAUGACAGGACCAAUGCCAACCUCGUCAUCGAUGCCGGCAUCCAGCUUUACACCAUACUCGAUGCCUUAUCUGUCGCCCGAUCCUUCAUCCCUUAUUCCCCCGUCCGUUUCUCCCUUAUCCUUUAUGAGCCACGGGGACCCAGCAAUCGUUGACCAGUCUCCGCCAAUGUCAAUGAUGCACCGAAGCGCAUCUGCCGAUGUUUACAGUAUGCAUAAUGAGUCAGCUAUCUCUGAUGAUGGUACCGGACUCAACGAGAUGUAUCAGAAACACACUCUUAAUAUUCCUAUGCACCCUCACUCCCCAGCUUUCGGUGACCAAUCCGCGGCCGAUAUGGAUAUGAGCAAUCUUGUUCAAUUCCCAGUCGAUCAUGACGGUCUUUCACCCGAACAUAUGCCUCAGUAG